CUUCUCCUCGUCCUCCUCCUGCUCGAGUGAGGCGCAGAAGCCGGCGGCAGCUCGCAGGAGGUCCGGCGGGCAUCUCCCUUCGCUGGCCCGGGGGGCGGACAGGAUGAACAGACGCAAAGGCACCUUCCUUCUCUUGCAGAUCCUCCUGCAACUUUGCCCUGCCUUUGGCACCCCGCCUACCUUGCAGGUUUUUGAUCUUCUUUCUACACCCAACCAGAAGCUAGUAAAAACCUUCCUGCAACAGGCAUUGUCUGAUCCUACACUGAAUGACAUAUACAUCAUCUCAGCAUUUAAACUGCAACCCAAAAGCACAGCAGUUGUAUUUGGGCUGUACUCCUCCACUGAAAACAGGAAAUAUUUUGAGUUUACAGUGAUGGGACGUGUGAAUAAAGUUUCCCUCCGAUAUUUGAGGAGCGACGGGAAAUUAAGUGCUGUGGUCUUCAAUCAUGUUCCCCUGGCGGACGGGAAGCGCCACAAUGUCUUCCUGCGGCUAAGUAGCCUGCAACGUGGCCACAGCAAAGCAGAAUUGUUCGUAGACUGUGUGCAAGUGGAUUCCGUUCAAGAUCUACCCAAAGCCUUCUCAGGACUGCUGCAAAGCUCAGAGUCUGUAGAAUUACGGACACUGCAGAAAAAAACACAGGAUACCUUAGAAGAGCUGAAGCUAGUAGUAAGAGGAUCAUUAUCCCAAGUAGCAAGCCUACAAGACUGUUUUCUACCACAGAUUGAGCCAGCAGCUCAGUAUCCAGGUGCUUCUACAGGUGACUUUAACAAGCAGUUGUUAGGUCACAUGAUGCAAAUGAACCAAAUUCUGGGAGAUGUGAAAGAUCUUCUUAGACAACAGGUUAAAGAAACAACAUUCCUGAGGAAUACCAUAGCAGAAUGUCAGGCAUGUGGACUGGGAGCUGGAAAUUUUCCCACUCCACCCCCACAACCCCUCAGGCCCAAAUGUGAACUCAACACUUGUUUCCGAGGGGUGCGAUGUACAGACACAGCAGAUGGGUUUCAAUGUGGACCGUGUCCUGAGGGCUUCACUGGAAAUGGAGUUAUUUGCACAGAUAUUGAUGAGUGUCGGUAUAAUCCAUGCUUCCCAGGCGUAAGAUGUGUGAACAUGGCUCCAGGAUUCAGAUGUGAAGCUUGUCCACCAGGGUAUACUGGGCAGAUCAUUCAAGGACUUGGAGUAAAUUCUGCCAAAAAUAACAAACAGGUCUGCAUGGACAUAGAUGAAUGUCAGAACAACAGAAACGGAGGUUGCGUCUCAAAUUCACAAUGUAUAAAUACUGUGGGCUCUUAUCGUUGUGGUGCCUGCAAGCCAGGAUUUAUAGGAGACCAGGUCAUGGGGUGCAGAGUUGAGCGAAGCUGCAGAAGUCGGUCUCUGAACCCAUGCAGUGUCCAUGCCCAGUGUUCUGAAGCAAGGCAAGGAGACAUCUCCUGUAUUUGUGGCAUUGGCUGGGCAGGUGAUGGCUUCGUGUGUGGAAAAGAUAUUGAUAUUGAUGGCUAUCCUGAUGAAGAACUUCCAUGCUCAGCUGAAAGCUGCAGAAAGGACAACUGCAGAUUUGUUCCAAACUCUGGACAAGAGGACGCUGAUGGAGAUGGAAUGGGAGAUGCCUGUGACGAUGAUGCAGAUGGAGAUGGCAUUCCAAACGAUCAGGAUAACUGUGUGCUGGCUCUAAACGUUAAUCAGAGAAACAGCGACCAAGAUAUCUUUGGUGAUGCUUGUGACAACUGCCGCAUGGCAUUGAACAACGAUCAGCGAGAUACUGAUGGAGAUGGCAAAGGAGAUGCCUGCGAUGAUGAUAUGGAUGGAGAUGGCAUUAAGAAUGUUUUGGACAAUUGUCAGAGGAUUCCCAAUCAAGGACAGGAAGACAAAGAUAAUGAUGGUGUUGGUGACGCCUGCGACAGUUGCCCAGACAUUAGCAAUCCCAAUCAAUCAGAUAUAGACAAUGAUCUGGUAGGUGAUUCCUGCGACACCAAUCAAGACAGUGAUGGAGAUGGACACCAGGACAGCACAGAUAACUGCCCUAACGUCAUUAACAGCUCCCAACUAGAUACAGAUAAAGAUGGACAAGGUGAUGAAUGUGAUGAUGAUGAUGACAACGAUGGAGUCCCAGAUCUUAUUCCACCAGGGCCUGAUAACUGCCGGUUAGUUCCUAACCCAGGACAAGAGGAUGACAAUAGUGAUGGAGUUGGCGAUAUCUGCGAGUCUGAUUUUGAUCAUGACACGGUCAUUGAUCGCAUUGAUGUUUGUCCUGAGAAUGCAGAGAUCACCUUGACUGACUUCAGAGCUUAUCAGACUGUUGUCCUGGAUCCCGAAGGUGAUGCUCAGAUUGAUCCAAACUGGGUGGUUCUGAACCAGGGAAUGGAGAUUGUGCAAACCAUGAAUAGUGAUCCUGGACUUGCUGUAGGUUACACAGCCUUCAAUGGAGUAGAUUUUGAAGGCACUUUCCAUGUGAACACCGUGACGGAUGACGACUAUGCUGGCUUCAUCUUUGGCUACCAAGACAGCUCCAGUUUUUAUGUGGUAAUGUGGAAACAGACCGAACAGACGUACUGGCAAGCAACUCCAUUCAGAGCGGUUGCAGAACCUGGAAUUCAGCUCAAGGCUGUUAAAUCAAAGACUGGGCCAGGCGAACAUCUUAGAAAUUCACUGUGGCACACUGGGGACACGAAUGACCAGGUCAGGUUACUUUGGAAAGACCCUCGAAAUGUAGGCUGGAAAGAUAAAGUUUCCUACCGCUGGUUCCUGCAGCACAGGCCUCAGGUUGGAUAUAUUAGGGCCAGAUUUUAUGAAGGUUCUGAAUUGGUAGCAGAUUCUGGUGUAACCAUAGAUACUACCAUGCGUGGAGGAAGACUUGGUGUUUUCUGCUUCUCUCAGGAAAACAUUAUUUGGUCCAACCUGAAGUAUCGCUGCAAUGAUACCAUCCCAGAAGAUUUCCAAGAAUUUCAAGCUCAGCAGUAUGGAGUUGGAGAUAUUUAAGAGAUACUGGGACUGCAAGUUACUAUGGCAAA